UAGAAAAUGUUCUCAUAAACAGAGCGGCAUGGAGCUGUUCCAGAAGGCGAAGGCCGUACGCCUCCGGAGCCACCACGACAAGUAUUUGCUGGCGGAGGACGACGAGGAAUCCGUGUGCCAGGACCGUAACGGCUCCGUCAAGAACGCCAAGUGGACGGUCGAGUUCGUCGACCACUCCGCCGUCCUCCGCUUCAAGAGCUGCUACGGCAAGUACCUGACGGCGUCCAACAUCCCCUUCUUCUUCGGCAUGACCGGAAAGAAAGUUCUCCAAACUCUGCCGCCGCGCCUCGAUUCCUCCGUCGAGUGGGAGCCCGUCCGCGAGGGGUUCCAGGUCAGGCUCAAGACCCGCUACGGCCAGUUCCUCCGGGCCAACGGCGGCGUUCCCCCCUGGAGGAAUUCCAUCACUCAUGACAUUCCUCACAGAACCGCCACUCAGGAUUGGGUUCUGUGGGACGUCGAUGUGAUCGAGAUUCGCCCCCACUCACCGGUUAAGAGGCCGCCACCGCCCGCUGAUAGCCCGCCCGAUUCCCCGCCGCUGCCCAAGGCCAUGCCCCCGCCGCCGCCGCCGCCCUUGUCGUCGGAUGAUCAUCAUCGUACAAAACUGGAGUGGAAGGAUCAGGCGUCGCUAGACAUGAAAGGAGAGGGGAGGGUGAUUCAUUACCAAGUGGCUGACGAGAAGGGGGACGUGAAGGCAGGACAACAAGAGGUGAGCUUCACGUUCAAAGGAACUCAAGUGGAGCAGUUGAAGGAGAUGCUAAGACAUAAGACGGGUCUCCAUGACAUCGUGGUCUGCUCUCGGAACCCUCUCAACGGCAAGCUCUACCCCCUUCGCCUCCAUCUUCCGCCCAACAACUCCGACAUGCACCUCGUCGUCGUACCUUCUUCUGAUCAAGACCGAGAAACGCCUCAGAGUCCAUAGAGCAGAAACAUCAAACCACAAGGUUUUCUAGGAAAGUUUUCACCUCCAAAAAUUGACCAAAAACUCAGAGUUGUUAAUGUGUUAAAAGUUGGAAGAGAAAGAGACGAAGAUUUUUUAAUGUGAAAUCUCUCCCUCUUUUUUUCUGCAAAAUUCAAUCUCAUCAGCUCCAAUGAAUUGUUUGGUUUUUAGUACCUAUGUUCUUGUUAAUUCUCAUUUUGUAACUUUUGUUUUCAAAUUUUUGUAUCAAUUGUAAUGUAUAAAAUUCCAUUUUGGUUGCAUUGAUUGUAAUAUUUUUAUUAUGUAUUCUAUGUAGCUA